UUAAGCUCUGCACUCAAUCCAAUAUCAAUCAAUUUCUUUACUAAAGAAAUCACUCACAAUGUAUUUUUUCAAUGUCCUCCUCCCCCUUGCUCUCCUUGCGAGCCCCAUCUUUGCAACGCCCAUUGAUCUCGAAACUCGUGCAGGUGAAACCGUCCGUUGCAGAGCAACCGACACCACAAAGGCCAAACACACUUCCAAAACCUGGACUGUCAGCGUCGAUGAAGCCAAGCAGCUUGUCCAAAAGGCCGGUGUCAAAGGCGCUGACAAGACUGGAUAUCCGCACGCAUACAGAAACGGAGAAAAGCUUGAAUGGGACCCUGCUGCCUGCAAGAAAACCAAUGUCGAUCUUUUGGAAUACCCUAUCUUCUGGCAGGGCACAAAACAGAUCAAAUCUGACACGAAGAUUAAUGGCCAAGCGCACACGCCUAUCCGUGUUGUGUAUGCAAAUGCUGGGGGCACACCUGUCUACUGUGGCAUUAUGGUCCAUACGCAGGUCAAGCAGAAGCCUGAUAUCGACAAGAAGCAGUCUUGGGAAGGCGAUGAAGGGUUCAGCAAAUGUACCUAGAGAAGAGUUUUGUGACGAUUUUAUAUCUGGGUUAGUGGUUUUUAAUAUGGUCUUCUUAUUGGUUUCUUAGGCGUUCAUUAUGUUACAGUUCUCAAUAUUUAUUUGCGUUUUAUAUUCAAGCUUGUUCCUAUAAUAUUAGAAUAGUGUUCAAAUUAUAGUCUGUUAAAAAGGUGAUGGUCACCUUAUCAUGACCUUGUUAUGUUAAGAAUGAAAAGUGACAAUUACAAAGUUAGAAAGCUGAUCAGCAUGGGAGUUAAUGGCCAAGCAUUUUGGUCCGCAACUGAAAGCCUCCUUAGGGCUUUUUUCCUUAUGACUACUUUCUCAUUGUGGUUUAGUGCCAACAACCUGCC